AUGUGCUCGCCUUCCUCUUGUCCGUCGUCUUCCUCCUUCGUCUCCGGCGCCGCGGCCCUCCUCCAACCAAGCGGCCAGCAACAACGAUGGCCCACUGCCCGCACCCCCAAGCGGAAGCUGGCGUCGCACGCCUUCUUGUCCCGCUCGCUCCGCCGGUUCACUGACGGCGUCCUCGACGUGCACCUGCGCCGCCUCUUCCUGCCGCUCCUGGACGACGACGCCGCGAGGGACGGCGGGGCCAUCGACCUGCAGGACGCGCUGCGCCGGUUCGGGUUCUGCGCCAUCUGCCACGUCGCGUUCGGCGUAGAGAGCCUGAGCGACGUGAAGCCAAUCAAGCAAGUGGCGGUAAUGGCGGCGGCUCUGCAAGCCACGCCGCUCAAAACCCUAGCCAUCUCCUGCCGGAGCUACAACAUCACGCUCCUCCCUGGGGACGGCAUCGGCCCGGAGGUGGUCGCCGUCGCCAAGGCCGUGCUCUCCCUCGCCGGUGCCCUCGAAGGCAUCGAGCUCCGGUUCCAGGAGAAGCUGGUGGGUGGCUCGGCGCUGGACACCACCGGUGUGCCGCUCACCGACGAGACGCUCGACGCGGCCAAGGGUUCCGAUGCCGUCCUCCUUGGCGCAAUUGGAGGCUAUAAGUGGGAUAACAAUGAGAAGCACCUCAAGCCUUAG